GAAUGUUGACAGCCAUUUGUAUGCUAUUUCCUGUUACGGUAUUUCCCAAGUUGUGUGAGUAUUGGGGGUGUGGGCCCCCAUCCCUAAGUGCUAGUAUCAGUAAUUACCAUGGUGAUGAUCAUGGAGGUUUCCAGGAAAACAAGCUACAUCUGCAGCAACACAUCUCCCUGGAGUUUCUAAAGCUGCAUCAGUUCCUGCACAGCAAAGAAAAGGACAUUUUAAAUGAGCUCCGAGAAGAGGGGAAAGCCUUGAAUGAGGAGAUGGAACUGAAUCUAAGCCACAUUCAGGAACAGUGUCUCCUAGCCAAGGAGAUGUUGGUGAGCAUCCAGGCACGCAUGGAACAGCAGAACUCCUUCGACUUUCUCAAAGACAUCACGCCUCUCUUGGAUAGCUUGGACCAAGGAAUGAGGGUGCUGACACCCAGAGAACUUAUCUCCAGAAAGCUGAACCUAGGCCUAUUCAAAGGUCCCAUCCAAUACAUGAUGUGGAGGGAAAUGCAGUCCACUCUUUCUCCAGGCCUGUCUCCAUUAACACUGGACCCUAAAACUGCUCACCCAAAUCUCGUGCUCUCCAAAAACCGAACCAGUGUGUGGCAUGGUGACAUUAAGCAGGUAAUGCCUGAUGAUCCAGAGAGGUUUGACUCAAGUGUGGCUGUGCUGGGCUCUAAAGGCUUCACAUCUGGAAAAUGGUACUGGGAAGUAGAAGUAGCAAAGAAGACAAAAUGGACAGUUGGAGUUGUCAGAGAAUCCAUUCUUCGGAAGGGCAGCUGUCCUCUAACUCCUGAGCAAGGAUUCUGGCUUUUACGACUAAGGAACCAAACUGAUCUAAAGGCUCUAGAUUUGCCUUCUUGCAGUCUGAAACUGAAUAACAACCUCAACAAGGUGGGCAUAUACCUGGAUUAUGAGGGAGGGCAAGUAUCCUUCUACAAUGCUAAAACUAUGAACCACAUUUACACCUUCAGUAGCACUUUCAUGGAGAAACUUUAUCCCUACUUCUGUCCUUGCCUUAAUGAUGGCGGAGAGAAUAAAGAACCAUUGCAUAUCGUACAUCCACAGUAAUUUGUCAU